AUGGCGCGCGCGGUGCUGUGCAGUGAAGAUCCCGAAGGGUGGUCGACGUCGGAGGGAGAAGAGGAUCAACUGGCGCCUGAAGGAUACAGGGAUGGCAUCUUGACUGGCUUUUGGAGACUGUGCAACGAUCCCAAGAAGCGUCACUUUGUGGAUUGCUCCAACUGUCGCAAAGUCUAUGUGGACAUCAACGCCCAUGCGAUGAAACACAUUGAUGACCAGAACGAAUGUUUCCAGGUGAUUUUGAUGAUGAAAUUUUGGUGGCUGGAUCCUGAACUGAAACUCACCGGUUCCGUUACCCUGUCCGAUGGCAGCAAGGAAGUCGGGACUUUCUUGGAGCUGGCCGGGAAUGGGGACCUGAAGUUGAAGUGCAAGCCCUCAGGGGAGGUGAAGACCUUCAAAAAAGGGCAGUACCGGGAUAAAACCAUCGUGGAAAAAGACGACAUGGAGGAUCGCUUCUUUCCCCAGUACACCUUCACCAACAUGCAAGGAGAUGCCACAGUGAUCCUGCCACCUCGCUACAACUUCGUGUGGAGCGAUCAUCGCGGCACUUUUGUUUCUUGGGAGCAGAAGAUCGACGCGACCUUCUCUGAGAGUCUGGAAUUACAUUACUUUCCCUUGGACCGUCAGCUCUGUCGAAUUAAGAUCUUGGCCGAAAAAACCAUCGAGGAGUGUCAGUUUGUGCUCCUGAAGAAAGACAACACAGGUGCGGCAAAAUAG